CGUCCAGCGAAGGCCGCGGUGUCCAUCCAGUCCGCCGCAGUGGCAGAUCUACAGAACAUCUGGAUGUGACGGGGGCGGCGCCAGCUCUGCGGACCGAGGGGCGGAAACAGCAGCACGCUCUGUUGUGAUCAAGCUAGCAGCUCGGCGUUUCCACAACAAAUCAAUACAGGCAGCCGUGAUUUUUCUGUACUAUUGUAACACAGCUGCAGUCAAGUUGCGGGACUUUUAAAUCACCGCUUAAAUUACAGCUAAUCGGCACCUGUCAGUCUUCAGGUCUACCUGAUGAGCAUGAGCCAGACUCCAGAGCCUUCUAGCGAUGGCGCCACCGUUACCGAAGAGGCUACAAUAACAACACCCGAGAAGGAGAAGAAGGCGGAUGAAGUGGUAGAGGAAGAAGAGGAGGAAGAAGAGUACGUGGUGGAAAAAGUCCUGAAUCGGCGGGUGGUGAAAGGCAAGGUGGAGUACCUUCUCAAGUGGAAAGGGUUCUCCAAUGAGGAUAACACUUGGGAGCCAGAAGAAAACCUGGACUGUCCGGAUCUGAUAGCAGAAUAUCUGCAGAAACAGAAAUCGGCAAACGAGGGAAAGAGAAAAGCGCCUGGAGAGGCAGACGGAGACGAAAGCAAAUCGAAGAAGAAGAAGGAGGACCAGAAUGAGAAGUUGAGAGGCUUCGCUCGAGGCCUGGAGCCAGAAAGGAUCAUCGGCGCCACAGACUCUACAGGAGAACUCAUGUUCCUUAUGAAAUGGAAACACUCCGACGAAGCCGACCUGGUGCCGGCAAAAGAGGCCAACGUGAAGUGUCCUCAGGUGGUGAUCUCCUUCUACGAAGAGAGGCUCACCUGGCACUCGUAUCCCUCGGAGGACGAGAAGAAAGACGACAAGAACUAAGGCGGACGAGGUAGCAGGGCUGGGGAAGAAGAACCUUUUGAACUCCAGUGUGAUUUUGAGAGAGAGAGAGAAAGAGAGAAAAAGACCAGCAA